AUGGCACAAUUUAUCAGAAGGAAGAAGCGUUUUGCUACAGCUCAAACAUCACGAUGGGAUAAGAUGACAUCCGAUAAUAUCCUCAAACUGAAAUGGUACAUCAGUAAGUAUACACGUGAUAUGCCACGUUCUGAAAUCAGGUUAAUAGUGCGGAAAUCGUUUACAAUGUGGUCCACGCAGACAAUCAUUAAUUCAAUGCCAUCUGUAAAGCUUCAAUUUGAGGAAGCAACAUACGAGGAUGAUGCUGACAUUGUAAUCCUCUGGGCAGAAGGUGAUCAUGGUGAUGCUUACAAAUUUGAUGGUACCGGUAAUCACACCAAUAUUUUGGCUCAUACAUUUUAUCCGACAUAUCAAGAAAAUGGUCGUCUGAAUGGCGACAUUCAUCUUGAUGAUGCGGAGAAAUGGAUCAGUGAUAGCAAAGGUGAUGGUACCUCAUUCCCAAAUGUAUUCAUUCAUGAAAUUGGCCAUUCGUUAGGAUUGGGUCAUAGCAAACGCGCAGAUGCUAUUAUGUAUCCGAUUUACAAGAAGGAUAUGAUCGAUAAUGCAUCCUUUGAUUUGGACGACAAAUGCGCGUUGAAUUGGAACUACAUUGGUCCUACCAAUCUAUGCCUAUUUGUAUGGCUAAUGUCUGAAGUACUACCAAGACAAAUCGAACAUAAAAUGAAUGAUUAUGCUUCAGGAGUGGAUUUUAAUAUUAUUCAAAGGAUAACCGAAGAUGGUGACUCUCAAUCUAAAAUAAGUACACUUAAGGAGCAAUUACAAGCAGAAGAACGAUGUGAAGACACGCGUUGA